UUUUGGGUAAAUGGAAAUCUAAUUUUCACCGGACCUUACUCAACCUACGAAAGGGUCGGUUUAUUUGUGCACAAGAAACGAACGGCACGAAAGAAUGUGUAGAUUUUUCAUUUCCAUUUCAUUAUGUUUCGUGUUUCCAAAUGGCUUUGCUGCCAACCGUAUAAUAACAUAAUUAUUGCACUUAAUUUGUUUUCAAUAUUUCAUCCAAACGCAAAACAUUAGAGAAGCAUCCCUUUUUUUGGUUAGGGGUGAUGACGCAGUAAAUCAAAGUACGCUAGUAAUGGUGAAGAUUGAUAGUGUACAAUCAGUUCUUUUACGAUUGAGAUGUCGUACCAAUAAAAAUUAACAUGUCACUGGUGUCCAAAAUAGACGAACAGACUAAACUUGGAUCAUUUUUCAUUCCGAGGUUAAGAUCGGUGCGUCUUAACCGCAACAAAUCUGUUUCGCUGAUGGCUGCAUUAUGAGUUGUUUUCUAGCCAGAUAAGGGAGUGGUUUACGCAUGUGUCUUUUUGUCAAAACAUGUGGAAUGCAUCUAACAUUGACCCUCAUCGCUAAAUGUUUCAAUAAUGAUAUAACGAGUGUGCGACUAUUUUCUCCCGCCAAAACCAUUGUAGUCGUUAAGUAAACAAAUUAAACGGUUUAUAUGUUGAACGUACCAUGAAAAGCCAAACAUUCCGCAACCAAAACAAAAAAAAAACUCCCAUUUGACUGAACCGUUUGCAAACGAAUUCGUCACGAUCGAUAUUCCCACACGCUUCCAUCGUGCUUCACAGCCGCCUAAGAAAUGUUGCGUUAGUCGUACGACAAACGCAUCUCACCACAUAAGUUUCGUGUUGCCUUCGUGUAGCGUGUCGCUGUUGUCGCGGCUGAUGAAGAUCGCGUGGUACGACGGCUGCUGGUACGGUGGUGGAGUCGUGAUCUCGCGAACGAUCGUUUGUGAGACGGUCAUAUAAAUUCACCAUCCUCGCCCGAUGUCUCUUUUAGUUGAACGACGGUCGUACGGUGAGAUGUGCGAAGAUUAGGUGGUUAUCGAAUUAGAUAAGGAAAGAUUCGUGCACUCGUACCAUAAUUGGGAAAAAAUUGUUGCAUGUGAGUGAAAGUGUUUUCAUGGUGAUAAAAUUAAGCUUGUGCUCCAGAAUCAAAUACUCAGUGUGUCCUUUUGUUGGGGAAAAGUGUUUAUCAAGUUCCUCGACGAUAAGGUCGAAACCAUGUGGGGUUUGGUUGGGAUUGUGCGGAUGGUGAUGGUGGUGUUGCUGACAGCAGUAGCAGUGGAGAUGCCCACCCUAACCGAAGGUGCUAGGGUGUUGGCCAUCUUUCCUUCGCCAGCCCGCAGCCAUCAGAUCGUGUACCGAGCGUUUAUGAAGGGUUUGAUCGAGCGGGGUCACGAGCUGACGAUUAUGACGACGGAUCCGUUCGCAACGGACCAUCCCAACGUGACCGUGAUCGAUUGGAGCUACGCGUAUCGGAUUGUGGAGCAAAAUCUCGACGUGGUUGAUAUGAAGCAGCGGAAUAUGAACUUUUACCAGAUUGCGGUACAGCUGCGCAGGACGACACGGUUGUUCCUGGAGGCGGAACUUGCCCAUCCGGACGUGCAGGCACUGAUACAUGCCCGGGACGCACACUUCGAUGUGGUGAUCGUGGAGUACUAUCAGUUCACACCGAUGUACGCGUUCGCCGAGCUGUUCCAGGCACCGAUGAUCGGUAUCAGUUCGAUCGAUUCGAUGGGCAUGUGCCAUGAAGCGAUCGGCAACGUAAUGAAUGUGGUUGCACAUCCCGAGAUGAAUCACAAGUUUACGCACGAUUUAAACUUUUUCCAACGCGUUGAAGCGGUCAUCUCGAAUCUGCUGAUCCAGUUCCACAUUCUGCCGACCGAUUUCGCUAUAUUCGACCGUAUGAUCGAACAAAACUUUGGCAGCAAUAUGACACGCUCGUGGGAUUUGAUGCGUCGGGUCGAUUUCUUGAUGGUAAACGCGGAACCAUCCCUUGGGUAUGUGCGUCCCCUAGUGCCCAACUCGAUACAGCUCGGUUUUAUGCACAUUCAACCUCCAAAGGCGCUACCGACCGAUCUGCAAGCGUAUCUCGAUCGUUCGGUGCACGGUGUGGUGUACUUUAGUCUGGGCACGCUCAUACGCAGCGAUUCGCUGAACCAGCACAACUUGAACCUCUUUCUGGAGGUGUUUAAAUCGCUCAAGUAUGACGUGCUGUGGAAGCAUGAUGCUGAUCUGGAUCUGAAUGGUACUACCAACAUUCGGAUGGAGCGCUGGUUACCACAGCAGGAUCUUCUCGCCCAUCCGAAGGUGAGAGUGUUUGUUAUGCAGGGCGGACAGCAAUCGAUGGAGGAGGCAAUAGACCGGCACGUUCCGCUCGUGGUGAUACCGUUCAACUUCGAUCAGUUCGGCAACGCGGACAAGGUGAUCGAGCGGGGUAUAGGGCGUUCGGUGUGGAUGGAGCGACUAUCGGUGGAGUCGUUGCGCGAGUGCAUCAUGGAUGUUGCCAGCAACAAGCGGUAUAAACGUAACGUUGCCCGGCUGGGCAGAUUGGUGCGCGAUCAACCGAUGCGCCCGGUAGAGAAGGCAGUCUGGUGGACGGAAUACGUCAUCCGCCAUAACGGUGUGGAGCACUAUCGCUAUCCGGCAGCACACAUGUCCUUCCUGGUGUACCACUACUACGAUGUGAUCGGUGCCGGGAUUGUACUAGCGGUGGCACUCCUGGCCAGUCUGUACUACGUACUGAGGCGAAUAUUCCGAUCGUUUGGCAACACGGUCAAGUACAGUCAAGGUCAUCUAACGAGCGCGAAAGUGUUGAAAGAAAAGACUCUGUAAGCCGCAUCCAGCCAAAGCGCGGAUGAUUAUGCAAACCGAUUAGGCCAACGACGGGAACCUCAACCAGACAUUGCCCAAUCAUCAGUGUGCCUGUGCGUACCGGUAAGGGCGUCUGGCAAAUGGGGG